AUGGCUGUGACCUUCACGGCAAGCUUGCUCCUCCUAUCCGCAGGCAAGGCUCUUGUCUCAAGCGGAAUCUCUUGGGCCAUCUCUGAAACAGGCAGCUGGGCAGCCGGUCGGUUUCUUGACCAUUUGACUUCCGAUCCCAAUGCGAAAGUCACCAGAGCCGACAUCUACGGAGUCGUGCGAGAGAUGCAACUCAUCCAGUCAUCUCUGGAUGAUCUCACCGACACCCUCUCCAAUGGUAUUAUUUCGAUACGUCUGGAUACCUUGAAUCAGCCAAUGGCUCAGAUUCAGGCUCACUACAAGACUGUCGCGGAUAUCUUAGAUACCGCUUAUGACAUCGCUGAGCGAAACCUCACCGAGUCGGAGCAUGAGCGUCAAAUGGGUCGCCUGCAGCAGCGGCUCGACGACAGACUCCAGGCAUGCGCCAAUAACAUCCCUGGAUGGCUUACCCAGAUUCAUAACUUUUUGAAUGCCAAUGGUGAGAGAGCUUUUAUGCGACAGCUCUCUCAGCAAGCCUGGAACGAGUCCCCUGACCUGGUGGCCUACUAUAGUAGAUCAAAGACAGUUGUACUUGACUAUUGGAUCACCGUUUCUAAGGGCAUUGAUCUUCUGCAAAUUGCCCAUGGAGCACAGGGUGUUAGAUUCGACGAAGGACAACGCGCCAUCGAUCGACAUAUCCGCCAACUGCUUGAUCAGGAACGUAACUUCGUCCGAUUCAUUGGAAAUGAAACCAUCAGACUCGCCGAGACAAUCUUGCUCGAUCCCUCCAGCCCCCACCCAUUUUUAUGGGAGACUAAUCAGGAUACCUAUGCCGCUGCUGAGGAUGUCGGUGCUACCCAAACCCGCAUCAGUGUCAACACACGUAAUCCUGUUGAAUGGCGAAUGGACCCCUGGCCCCCUGUCAACCUCGAGACUUUCGACCCUCUUAGAGGUUACCCUGUUGCUCUUAACCAGGUUGGACAGCGUGGUAUUAUGUGUCCCGGUGGACGACAUGGUUUGGCUCUUGAACCCUUCGCACGACCUACUUGCACUUGGUCCAUUAAGCCAAGAGAGCCUGGAAACAACCGCUACUCGUUCAAGUUUAUCAGUGGUCUUGUUAGACAAGCUAAUAACGGCUAUUACAUGAUUACUCGGCCGUCUGCUGGCGUCCCCGGAAGGAUCAUGUCCCUACUCACUCGUUUGCACCGCGAGGAUGGAAGUCACUUCUUCUACGUCAAGCCUCAGGGACUUGCUGCCACAUCCUAG